AUGGUGCUGAACCUGCAGGAGGAUUUGCGCGCAACCUGCCCAGUGGACUCCCACCAGGAGCGGCCGGAGGGGGUGAAGGGGGUGAAAUCACUCAGCGAACUCCGCGACAAGAACCGAGGCGAUCGCUUGCUUUUGACGAUCUUCUUGUGCAUUUUUGUGGGAGAUGCUGCACCUCAUCCGCAGUGUUUGGACUUCCAGCCUCCAUUUAAACCUCCACACCACCUGGAAUUCUGUAGGGACUAUGAGCAAUUCGGCUGCUGCGAUCAGAAUACCGACAACCUCAUUGCGGAGAGGUUCUGGGACAUCAUGGACUUUUACGACAUCCGAGGAUACGAACUCUGCGGUGAGCUCGUCAAAGAGAUUUUGUGCCAGGAAUGCUCUCCUUAUGCAGCUCACCUGUUCGAUGCAGAGGACCCACACUCUCCCAUAAGGGUCCUUCCAGGCCUCUGUUCUGACUACUGCUCUGAGUUCCACAGGAAGUGUGGCUCAGUGGUCAAACUCCUGACUGAUGAUCCACAGCUACAGGAGACCUGCGAGAGGGACCGCUCCAAGUUCUGUCACCUACUCAAUCUGGCUGACCAGGACUACUGUUUCCCCAACGUGCUUCGUAGCUCUGCCCUCAACAACAAUCUGGGCUAUGGAUUUCAGGACCCCAAGGGCUGUCUACAGCUUUGCCUGAAGGAGGUGGCCAACGGGUUGCGUAACCCAGUGCUGCUUCUGCAUGCAGGAGAUGACACACAGCGCAUGUUCGUGGCGGAGCAGUUGGGCUUUGUGUGGGUGUACCUGCCCGAUGGCAGCCGCCUGGAGGAGCCCUUCCUCGACCUGAGCGGGGAGGUGCUGACCACGUCCUGGCUCGGGGAUGAGAGGGGCUUCCUGGGAAUGGCUUUCCAUCCGCGUUACCACGACAACGGACGCUUCUUUAUAUAUUACUCCAUCCUGGAGAAGCAGAAGGUGGAGAAGAUCCGGAUCAGUGAGAUGAGUGUGUCUGAGUACGACAUGAAUAAGGCUGACCCUCACACAGAGAGGGUUAUUUUUGAAAUUGAGGAGCCAGCAGCUAAUCACAAUGGAGGGCAGCUGCUGUUUGGUUCAGAUGGUCACCUUUACAUUUUCACUGGGGAUGGAGGAAAAGCAGGAGACCCUUUUGGGAAGUUUGGGAACUCUCAAAACAAGAGUACUCUUCUGGGAAAAGUGCUACGUAUUGAUGUGGAUGGAAGCAGCCUGGAUGGAAAGCCAUACCGAAUUCCAGAGGAUAACCCUUUCGUCUCAGACCGGGCUGCGAGACCAGAGGUGUACGCCUAUGGUGUGAGAAACACGUGGCGAUGCUCGGUGGACCGUGGGGACCCAGUCAGCCAGUACGGCAGGGGCCGGAUUUUCUGUGGGGAUGUGGGCCAGAACCGCUAUGAGGAGAUCAACAUCAUCCAGAGAGGUGGGAACUAUGGCUGGAGAGCUAAGGAGGGGUUUGAGUGCUUCGAUGUCAAAUUAUGUCAAAACUCUUCACUGGGAGACAUUCUUCCGAUUUUUGCAUAUGAUCAUAGCGUGGGGAAGUCUGUGACUGGUGGCUAUGUGUACAGAGGAUGUGAAUGGCCAAAUCUGAACGGUUUAUAUCUUUUCGGAGACUUUAUGAGCGGCCGGCUUAUGGCCUUGCAGGAGGACAGGAGGACUGGAGCCUGGACAGAGAGAAGUGUAUGCAUGGGGAACUCAACCACCUGCUCCUUCCCUGGACUCAUCAACCACCAUCAUAAAUUCAUCAUCUCCUUCGCUGAGGACCAAGCAGGUGAACUGUAUUUUAUGGCUACCUCAUAUCCCAGCACAAUGUCUCCAUUUGGAACCAUCUACAAAUUCAUGGACCCAUCCAGGAGAGCUCCUCCAGGAAAGUGCAGAACCAAACAACUUCCUGUCAAAGUGAUCGGGAAAAGAGUACCAUUUGUGCCCCGAGAAUUGACUGUAUUGGAGUCUGGUGACAAACCUACAAGACCUCCAUUUAAAAAAGUCAAGUUCACCACCAAAGCACCUGUCACAAGGGUGCUCACAACAGAAGGCCUGCCUGUGACUUUGUCAAGAGUGACAGAUGCACAUGGAACUGUGUCAGUGACCUCAGAGCCGGUCAGACACAGGGAUACAGUCACAGCACAGACUUACCCCAAUGCUUCAACUGCAGGACCCCGUCAGCACCGAGUCUUGUCCAGUCCGAAGGAGGAGGCAAACACUAGUGGGAAGAGGUCUUCUGGGAGAAAGGGCAAGAAGACCAAACCCAGGGGAGGAGUUACUAGAAAGAGGCAGAAGAACAGAAAGCAAGCCAAAGGAAACAGAGAACUCUCAGUUCAGGGCGGAAACAGCAGCAACAUAGCACAGGACCAAAACAAUACCCUGAGCAACAAAGGGAAAGACAGGGCUGGGAGACCAUGA